CUAAACUUGACGUCAAUAUGGCGGACGAACUUGAAAGUAAGUAAAACGCGUCUAGUUUGAUAAAUUUGGAACAAAUACAAGUGCUUUGGUUGUGAAAAUUGUCCGACAAUCAAUCUUUGUACUUUCGUCGAGUGAAUCAGAUUCAGGGUUCAAAAACGGACGCAGAAUGACGAACGAACAGGGGGUUACUGUCAAACAAGAGGUGACGGACGAGGAGGACGAAACCGAGAUGGACGUCGACGACGAUGUCCCGACCUUAGGGCCUGCAGCUCUUGGACUGCAAAGAGUGGGUGCUCCAGCUGCACCUAAACCGCCUCCCACCCAGCCAACACAAGUCCUAAAUGCCCGUGGUAUGCCUGCAAGGAUCAGGAAGAAAAAUAAACUGUUUUAUGACGAUGAUAUCGUCAACACGCCACAUCACAGAGUACCUUCAGCUAAAAAAAUUAAGCAGACACCAGUGAAAAAACCUAAAGUGAACACUCCCACCAAGAGUUUCAGAGAGACGCCCAAGAGGAACAUACCGAGGGAUGUCAAGUCGCCUCGGAAUGUUUCACCACCACCCCUUCAAUCACCCGAUCGUAAAAUCGGACAAAAAAUCGGACUUAGAUUAAGAAAUGUGCUCAAGUUACCCAAGGCACAUAAAUGGGUUUGUUAUGAGUGGUUUUAUAGCGAUAUCGACCGGUGUUUGUUUUCGGGGGAAAAUGAUUUUAGUAUCUGCUUGAAAGAGUCUUUUCCUGAGUUAAAAACACGCGAAUUGACGAGAGUACAGUGGACGAAAAUUAGAAGAAUGAUGGGGAAACCUCGACGUUGCUCUCAGGCUUUCUUUCACGAAGAAAGAUUAGAAUUGGAGAAGAAACGGAAAAAAAUCAGAGCUUUACAACAGAGGAAAGCUACAGAACUUUCUAGUUUUAAAGACCUGCCACCUGAAAUACCCAUGCAAUUGGUCAUUGGUACAAAAGUUACAGCCAGGCUCAGGAAGCCGCAAGACGGAUUGUUCACUGGAAGUAUUGACGCUGUAGACACUUCAAAUAAUACCUACAGAAUAACGUUUGAGCGUCAAGGAUUAGGUACACACUCUGUACCUGAUUAUGAAGUUUUGUCAAAUGAACCACCCGAAACCCUCUCAUUGUCAAGUUUCCAAAACAAAUUCAGACCUUGGAACGGUAUUUCAACAUACGCAGCGAAAAUUUCGCCUUACACCAAUCUGAAGUUCAAGAAAGAUCCAUUAUUGUCGGGUUCCAUGAUAAAUAAACCCAUUUUUCCGCAAGAGGAAGGCCGGAUAGGGGGCUACCCGACUAAGCUCUUAGAGAAAAUGGUUUUAAUAACGAAAAUUCUUAGCGUAAAAAGAACGAAAGUCAACGAACUAAAGGGCAUGAACGCUAAAGCAGAGAAAUUUAAUUCGUUUCACUCGGAAAUUCCGGAAGAGUUUCAACGGAAUUACGCAUGCAUUUUAAUCGAGCUUGAGAAAUUAAAUCAUGAUUUGCAGUUGUAUUUAGAUGAUGUACAGGCUCUCUGUCAGGAAAUCGCUCCAGAGCCGAGUGUGGCGGCAAUGUUGGCUCCAAGUCAUUUGAGGGAGAAAUGCAGAGAAGAUGCAGCGGAAAUUGUACAAAGACAGAAUUCGAUCAUUUCUGCUGAUAAGGAUCCUGUUAAGAAUAAAUCUAUUUUGGACCUUAUUACGGAUCUCACAGCAUUAAUGUUGCAAGUAAAAAGUUUGGCCGAUUCGGAUCAAAAUGCAUACGAAUUACAAGUUCUACAAGGCACGAUGGAACAAAUCAAGAGGAAGUUGACUCCAAAUAAUCAACUAGUGUUCCAGAAUUCCGUCGAAAUUCAUAUGAAACACAUCCAAGUUGGUCUCGGGCAAAAUUUAGAUAAAAAACUCGCCAUCAAUGGAAUUACAAAGCUAUGAUACUUUUUUAUCUUUAAUUUUUCUUACAGGUUUUUAACGCAUAAUGCUGUGCAAUAUGAAAGGCCACAUUUUCGAUUUACUACAAGUCUUUUUACUUUACUGUUUUGUGGUUUUAUUUAUAAUUAUUACUGUACCUAUCUUCGUGUGGAUCUGUACAUUUUACUUGUAUAAUUAAUAAAACAUGUAUAUAUUA